AUGGCACCAAAUAAUUCAAACAGUUUAGAAAAACUGGAUACAACAGAUUUUUCAGAUGAAAAAGAUAAUAUUAUUGAAUUGAAAAAGACUGCAGUAUCAACAGAAGAACAUUUUAUUGAUACAGAAACUUAUCAAAUUAGUGAUAAAAAUAAUACAGAUAUCGCAAUCCUUGAUGACCAAAAUUUUGAAGAUGGUGAAGUACCAACUCAAGAAGAAAUGGAUACUUUAAGACAUGUUUCAGGUCAUAUCCCAUUCAGAUGUUGGUUAAUUGCUUUAGUCGAAUUAUCUGAAAGAUUCUCUUAUUAUGGUUUAUCUGCACCUUUUCAAAAUUAUAUGUCAAAUGGUCCAGAUGAUUCACCAAAGGGUCUUUUACAAUUAGACAGUUCAGGUGCAACUGGUUUAUCAUAUUUUUUCCAAUUUUGGUGUUAUAUUACACCAAUUUUUGGUGGUUAUAUGGCUGAUACUUAUUGGGGGAAAUAUAAUACUAUUGCAGUUGGUACAGGUAUUUAUUUAGUUGGUAUUUUCAUUCUUUUCAUUACCUCAAUUCCAUCAAUUACUGAUAAAAAUACAGGUCUUGGUGGAUUUAUUGCUUCAAUUAUUUUAAUUGGUAUUGCAACAGGUAUGAUUAAAGCAAAUUUAUCUGUCUUAAUCGCAGAUCAAUUACCAAAGAGAAAACCAACUGUAAAGACUUUAAAAUCAGGUGAAAGAGUCAUUGAAGAUCCAAAUAUCACUUUACAAAAUGUUUUCAUGUUCUUCUAUUUAAUGAUUAAUGUUGGUUCUCUUUCCGUUAUCGCUACUACUGAAUUAGAAUCUCAUAAAGGUUUUUGGGCUGCUUAUUUAUUACCAUUUUGCUUCUUUUGGGUCGCCGUUGUAGUUUUAGUAUUUGGUAGGAAACAAUAUAUUCGGCCUCCAAUUGGUGAUAAAGUUAUAUCAAAAUGUUUUAAAGUCUUAUGGAUUUUAAUUAGAAAUAAAUUUAAUUUCGAUUUAGCUAAACCUUCAAUUAAUCCAGAGAAAAAUUAUCCAUGGAGUGAUAAAUUUGUUGAUGAAAUUAAAGUUUCUUUAGCCGCUUGUAAAGUUUUCUUAUUUUACCCAAUUUAUUGGACUUGUUACGGUCAAAUGAUUAGUACUUUUGUUACACAAGGUUCAAUGUUAGAAUUACAUGGUCUACCAAAUGAUUUCUUUCAAGCUAUCGAUUCUAUCGCUUUAAUUGUUUUCAUUCCAAUCUUUGAAGGUUUCUUAUAUCCAUUCAUUAGAAGAUUUACUCCAUUUAAGCCAAUUACUAAAAUCUUUUGGGGUUUUACAUUUGGUGCUUUGGCAAUGACUUGGUCUUGUGUAUUACAACAUUUCAUUUAUAGUGCAGGACCAUGUUAUGAUCAUCCAUUAAGUUGUUCCGGUCCAAACCAUGUCCAUGUCGGAUGGCAAGUUCCUGCAUAUGUUUUAAUUGCUUUCUCUGAAAUUUUUGCAUCUAUUACAGGUUUAGAAUACGCCUAUUCAAAGGCUCCAGAUUCAAUGAAAUCAUUUAUUAUGUCCAUCUUCUUAGUGACUAAUGCCUUUGGUUCAGCCAUUGGUUGUGCUUUGUCUCCUGUCUCAAAGGAUCCAGAUUACACCUGGUUGUUUGGUGGUCUUGCUGUGGCUUGUUUCAUUGCAGGUUGCUUAUUCUGGCUAUGUUUCAGAAGUUAUAAUGAUACAAUUGAUGCUCAAAAAUUGGUUGAUGAUGAAGAAGAAAUUGAAAGAAAUAAUCAAGAUAUUGAAAUGUUGGAAUCUGUUGAAAGUGAUAGAGAUGAAAGAAGUUUAUGA